AUGGUCGACAUGCACGCUGACUACAGCCCACCGCUGGCGCUCACUGUCAUCAGCGCAGUGUUUUUGAUACUCGGAGCGAUAUGCUUCUUGAUCAUCGUCGGCGACAUAGUAUGGAGGCGCGGUUGGAACAGUAUGAUGUGGAUCAUGAUACCCGUCUACCCCAUCAAUGCGGCAUACAUGCUACCACUUGAGCUCUACGUCUACUUCAAGUUCGGCAGACCGACUAAACCGGAGCCUCCGCCACCAACCGACGAUGUCGCGACCGAGAAAGCCCAUCAAAGCCACGACACCUCACCCAACAGGACAGAAGACGAGCCAGCAGUUCCAACAGCCCAGCACGAGAAUAUCCCUUCUCAGACCAACCCAGCCAACGAGAAUGGCUCCAACGACCCUAACCUCGAAAAAGGCCCCUCGGAAUCAGGAGAAGCGUCCCACUGCCACCACCACUCCUCCGCCCGCCCAAUGUGGGCCACCGUCCUCAUCGGCGUCUCCCACUGCGGCGCCGGCUGCGUCCUCGGCGACAUCGUCGGCGAAUGGCUCGUCUACGGCACCAACGCCACGCUCGGAGGCGCGAUGAUCUGGGUCGAGCUGCUGGUCGACUACGCUUUCGCUUUACUGUUUGGUGUGGCGUUCCAAUAUUUCUCGAUUGCGCCGAUGAGUGGUGAUUAUGGGCCGAAGAGUGUAUGGAGAGCGUUGAAGGCGGAUUUCCUGAGCUUGACGAGUUUCGAGGUGGGCGCUUUUGGGUGGAUGCAGCCGAAACUGCCCUUCCCUUUCCAUAUGUAG